UGUCUGGGAUUUUAGCAGUGAUGUCUGUGACACCUUGCUGUGACAGCAGGCAAGCUGAAUAAAAACAACAACAAAAACCCGAGAAUCACAGUCAGACAGUCAGCCACAGGUCCACCACAUCCCAAUGACCGUCAUCUGAAAAGCGGCGUCCGACCGACAGCGUUAUUAUUCCACCGACUCACCUAGAGCGGCUGCGGGGUGACACCGUGUUUAAGAAGGUUGACAUGCAGCAAAAGUUGUGCACGCGCAACACAACCUUAUUCGUGGAAAACGGCCAGGCUUGUGGUGCAGGGGCUCCAUCUCCACCCCCGUUCCGAUGCCCUCAGUGUGGAGAGCAUGAGCGCUUCCACAGCCUGGCUGCGUUGCGGGCCCACCUCGACUACAACCACACAUACGAUCCAAGGCACAACCUUAGCCUCCCUGCCAGCAGGGGGUACUUACGCUCUGACAGCAAGAAAGCCACUGCUGAGACCCAGACAACAAAGGACGAAGGCACUGACGCACGUUCGCACCAGUUCCCAUUCAGCUCUGAGCCCCUUCCACAUGACCAGACUGCAGACGCAUGCCCAGAACAGCCUACUUCCCCAAAGAAGAGUGCUGCUGGUGGGGAGUUGUCCAUUGGCACCAAGCUCCUCUCUGCUCCAGUGCCCUCAGUGGGGCAGAGGCUGGAGGGCAUGAUGAGGACAGCCAGCAGCAGCAUGGAGCGACGUCUGCUCCGGCUCAGCUCGGAACUAGCCCACACUGACACAGCACUUCUGUGUGAGCGUGCACACUCACACCACUUGGCCCAAGAGCGGCAGGAAGUGCUGGAGCGGGAGCAAGCUCUCAGCAGACAGGUGAACGCCGCCGUCAUGGUUAUCGCUACGCUGCGCCAGCAGCUCAGCGUGUCCGAGCAUGAGCUGGAACGGAGGGAACAGGAAGUGCUUGCUAUUCAGAAAUUUCUGGAAGCAGCAGCACAGCAUGAGAUGUGUGGGAAAGUCCGUUUGCGGCGGUUCAUCGAGGGCCUCCUACGACGCAUUGCCCUUGCUGAAAGGCUGCUGGAGUAUUACCAGAACACUCCCCAUGAGCACUACUGUACAGCCCACAUGGUGACUCCUUUAGCUGAGACAGGCCCCCCAAAAAUAACCAAAAGCAGGUCGACAGGAGAGCAACUAGUCCAUGAUGAGGAACCCUCACAUGGGCAUCAGGCUGGGUGGGGAGCAUCCCGGGCUUCUGGGGAGAGACGGGGCCAUCAUGGCUGGGUCCAGGGCAGGAGGUCAGAUAGUUAUGAGGUUUAGAUAUCUGGCUUGAGCCUUUCACUGAAUGUACUGUAUAUGUUUGAAAUGUAGUGAAUUGAAAUUGUAUUUUAAGCAAAUAUAUAGACAAAAGCAGAAUUAAAGAAUAUAUAACAUUCCUGGGGGGAAAAAAAUCUGACUCGGAUCUCCUUCUGAGAGAUCCUUUUCAGCAAAAUAUGGAAAGGCAGUUCAUCUUGCUAUCACUAUUAAUCUUAUCUGCUUGGAAUAUUGUUUAGGUCACGGUCCUGUCGGACUCAGCUGUGUCUAGUGAUGGCAUGUUACUGUUCUGAUAAUCAGAAAACUCACCCUGUGGAAUGCCUUUACACUCCUUCUGUAGUGCUGUGAAGGCGCUAGCAUACUGCUGACAUUUUGAACAUAUGGUGAGACUGCCCUUU